GCAGAACAGAGAGGCAGGUGAAAUGUGGCCCGACAGGUCUGAUGGGAAUACACAGAGACAGGCAGGGAGGUUGCUGAGUGACUGACAAGCCUGUCAGCCCCGUGGAUUUAGGAGCAGUCUGCCUGGAAUUAAGACAAUGACAUAUUUGUGUUUGUGUUGCUGAACUGGAUUGCACCUGGUCAUUUCACUGACUGAGAGGGCACUUUGGGGCCCUACGGACCAACAGCACCACCACCACCACAAUCAGCCUCGACAGAGACUGGAAUUUCCCUCCUCUUCCCUGGCUGGGGGCCGGGGGCAGAUGGUCGCUCUGAGACUUUGAGCAGAACUCAGGAAGGAGAGUGAGAGGAAGGGUGGGAGGAGGGCUGGAGAGGGAGAGGAAGAGAAGUGAGGAGUGGACAGAAGAGAAGACAUGCUUCGAUACGGUUCAGGACGAAGUGUUUCCACCACCACCACAACAACAACACAGGACUCUCCAGAGUCUUCAAGUGAGAGGAGGAUCAGACGUCUAAGGUUAACGCUACAUGCGGGAGAUAAUGGAAACAACCAGGCAAAAACGACAAACUCAGACACAGCUGAGAAAGAAAAAGAUGUCAAUGGGGCAUGGAAGAGGAAGAGGAAUGGGCUGGUCCACAGAGAGAGGCCAGCUGGCAGGGAGUCACCUCAGCAGCACCUCGGAGACAUGACCAAUGGGGUGCCAGAGUCCUCGCUGCAGCAUCAUGGGCCCAAAGUGUACGGCGUAGUGCAGAGGACGGGCUCGGACAGACAGCAGGAAGUGAUGGCGCGAGAGUGGACAGUCAAUCACCUUCACGAUGAAAUGAGGUACAUCAAGGAGGUGAGAGACUCUCUGGAGAAGGUGAGAGAGCGGAUGUACGGGCAGUUCGGAGGAAUGCAGCAAUCAGUGCAGAAGCUUUCACAGGAAAUCAGGGCUGCCAACUCCCAUCGGAGGAGUCUGGAGUCAGAGGUGAGGAUCCGGACGACAGCCAUGGAGAGCUUUGAUCAGAUGAACAGCUCCCUCAUAUCCGCCAACAUCAGCCUGCAGAAAUCCCUUCUGGAGAACUGUCAGAGCAGAGUGGACAUGAGAGAGGAGGUGAAGAGUUUGAGGAGCACCUGUGAGAAAACACAAGAAAAACUCAAAGAUAAAGAGAGGGAGCUGGCUGCUGCGCAGGCUGAAAACCAGACUUUGAGACUGCAGGUGGAGUCUUCACGGGAGGCCAACGCUCAGGCGCUGCAGGAGCUCUCAGCAAAGCUAGAGAGAGAGUACCAGGAAAAGCUGCUGGAGGAACAACAGAAACACAGGGAGGAGAUUGAAAGCCUACAGGCCCAACUCGAUGAGUACAUCAGGCGACUGGAGGAAGCAGAGAGAAACAUCAAGACGGCAGAGGCCAAGAUUGCUGAGAGGGACCAGAGGAUCACUGAAGUGGAACGUCUACUGGACUGUAUGGGGAAGGAAAAGAGUCAACUCCAAAAGAAGCUGCAGGAAUGCGAACAGCGUCUCCGCUUGAUGGAGCUGACGGACACCACUGAUGCAACUGUAGUCAAAAGGUCCAAAGAGCUGCAAGGUGAAGCAGUGGAUCUCCGUGAGAGAAUCAAACACUUGAAUGAUAUGGUGUUCUGCCAGCAGAGGAAAGUCAAAGGAAUGAUUGAGGAGGUUGAAUCACUGCGAGCUCAAGUUGCGCAGAAGGAUAUGUUCAUCUCAGAGCUUCUGGACAGGAUUGCAAUAGUGGAGUGUGAGAAUAAUGAAUUAGAAGACAAGCUGAAGUAUUUUAUGUCUACACAGAAUAGUCCGCGAGAGGUUUUGGAAACAAGGGAGAUAGGAGUAGGCUGUGAUCUGCUCCCCAGACAUGAAGCAGAGCGGUAUGAUGUUGAAACUCCUGUUCAGUGUGAACCAGCUCCCCUCCAUCCCAUACAACUCCCAUCACCCGUUCAGCUUCCAUCACCGAUGAAACCUUCAUCGCCUACUCAACCACUAUCACCCACUCAACCUCUGUCGCCCACGCAACAUCCACUCCCCUCACAACUCUCAUCCUCAACACAACCUCCAUCCCUCACACAGCCUUCAACCCACCCAUCUCCCAUUCAACAUCCAUCCCUCUACCUGACAACACCCACCCAACCAAGGACGUUCAGGUCUACUAACCCUCCACCCAGCAGGCUGGAGUCUAGUUUACUGAGGUACACUCCUGUUGAAUACAGCCGCUUCCUGCAGUCCAACCCAUCAGUCCCGAGCGGAACGUUCCCCUACACCCGCCCAACCGAACCUGAACCAGUCCAGUCCAGGAGAGAUGAGGUGGACGCAGAAACAAACACAGACACAUGCUCAAGUCCAGAGGAACCCACUUCAUCCACACCCUCUUCUCAAGCAAGGUCAAGAGCGCCUCGAGUUUAUACACCGUUCAUGAAACUUAUGGAAAUGACAGCAAAGAUAAAUAUAGAGUAAUCUUACACUAAUAGUAAUAGUCAUGUUAGACAUUUUGGGAAAUGCACUUAUUCUCUUUUGUGCCGAGAAUUACAAAAGAAGAUUGAUACUACUCAUGGUUUUUAUGGUAACCAUGACACCACAACCAGCAGUCAGCUACCCUGUCCAAGAAUAACAAAAUCUGCCUCCCAGCACCUCUAAAGCUGUUGGGAGAAGUGAAGUGUAAAAUUUGUCAUUUUAAAUGGGUUAUGAGAGCAAUUGCUAGGCAAACAGUGAAAGUCACUGCACCCAGCCAAGAAACAGUCCAGUCCACAACCCCUAUCAAACUAUCAGCUUAACAUUUUUAAGCAUCAGUUUUUAUACGGAUUACAAAACAAGUUUGUUUAAUAGUGAGCUUUUGGAGGUGUCGGUGGGUGGAUUUUGAUACCUCGGACAGAACAGAACAGAACAGAACAGAACAGAACAGCAUAGUCUAGUUCUAACCCCCGGCAAGAAGAUUAAUCAGUGCAGGAUAAGUCUUAAAAUGCUGACCCUUUAAACCUUUGGUCUUAUUUUCAUUGCUGAUUAUCAUUUUAAAGUCACCAUGCAUCUGUGACAUAGACUGCAUUUUUUAAACAGUCAGAAGCUGACACAUUGAUGUUAGUCAUUUGUCUGUCAUAUAUGGUGUAGAAUAUGACUCCGGAUCAAUAAUGGAAAAAGUCAUUAUGUAAAUUUUUCUAUUCUAUUCCGAUUCUAUGUUUGCACAUAGCACUGUUAAUUAUAAUAAAAUGUUGAAAGGUGUAAAUAAUCUGAUGCUCUGUAAAAAUAUUUUAUAAAUAAUGUACUGAAAGAUUAGAUUUGUUUUGUUUACAGUGAAUGUAGCCUGCUUAUUUUGUUCAUGGAGCUAUGAGCAUUCAGCUCUAUAUGAAGGUUGAUGAUGUUAUUGUUUCCUAUCAUUUUAUAUUGGCUCUGUACAAAUUAAAUGAAAUAAUAUUUUAUUAUUGUCACAUUAUGUACAAAUAUUUAUUAACAUGCUUUGUGCCUUUGUAAACAGCCUACUGUCUAAUACUGGUGGUGAGAAUUAGAGAAUCUUUUUGAAGUGGCAACAGGGUAGUAUAAUAGUACAAUGUAAAGCAAAUUUCUGCUUAUUAUAAAACUGUGCAUUUACUUUAAAAAUAUUAACCUUGAUGAGGUGACUGCCAUUCCUGAGCCACAGGCACAAGUAUUAUCCAGCUGUUUUCUGCACUGCCACAAAUGUGACUUGAAAAUGCUUGAUGACGUGCCUUUUCCUUAACAUUACAUAUCAAACUGCAACUAAUUAAAAGAGGCCAGCGUAUGUUUGGCUAAUAAAGACCUUACUGUACAAGUAUCCCGACUGUGUCAAU